AUCGUUUUCUGUGACACUUCACUUACAAGAAAGUAUGGCGACCAUGAGACAGGGCAACAAAUUAGCUUUCCUUGAUCCUUGGUCAUCGUCUCCCCGUUUGGCCAUGGCGUCGUCAACAAAACUGUAGCUUCAAUACCACGAAAUGACGUCUUCUCCAUCGUCUGUUUCUUCCAACAGCUCACUAUCCUUCAGUACAAGAUCCAAUAGAAAGCGCACCAUUAGUAAGCGUAGACCACGAAGAGUCUCUUCAUCUGCCUUAUUAUCCUCUUCCACACUAGAUGAUCAUAUUCGAUUGUGGUUCAUUGUGGCAUGUGUUUGGAGUUUCACUUUUAUUGGAUUGACGGAGUAUGUCAAACAAUAUUCCUUGGACAAAGAAGACCAGACGCCACUCUUUGGUCGGUUUUCCAACAAGAGGAUCAGUAAUGCCACAGUCCAGAAUCACACCGUCAGACCAUGGCUGCCCGUGGAUAUCGAGUACCUGGAUGUCAGAGAUGGAAAUCGAAAUCAUCCACAUCGAGGUGCCAAGGAUGAACAGGGAGAAUGGGGGUACCGACAUGAUCCAACGGCCCUAAGAAACCAUCCACCCAGUAGCUUUACUCCUUUGCUAAAUGAAUCUUUUUUAACGCAAGCUUGUGCUUUGAGAGAUUCCAAUUAUCAAAUGAUAGAGGAACAAGUGUCGGUAAUACCAGUGGCAUCCCCAACAGACAAUCUACAUAGGACUCCUGUCAGACUCUUGUGCAUUGUCUAUACCACGGAAAGCAGCCACGUUGACAAGAUACCCGCCUUGCGCAAUACGUGGGGUCCCAAAUGCGAUGGAUUCAUGGUAGCGUCUACCAAGACCGACCUUUCACUCAAUACGGCGGAAAUUCCGCACAAGGGGGAAGAAAAGUAUGAAAACAUUUGGCAAAAGAUCCGGUCUGUAUGGAGUUAUGUCUACGACAACUACUAUCAGGAAUACGAUUGGUUCCACAUUGGGGGUGAAGACAUGUUUGUCAUUCCAGAAAACCUCAAAUCGUAUUUGGAAAGUGAGGAUAUUGUCAUGGCAGCCAACACGUUCCACAAUGGGACAACAAGAACCACCGAAACAACACUGACUGGAACCACGUUGCAAAUGCCACUCUUUCUUGGAGGCCGCCUGGCCUACGAGGGAAACAAGGACAAUAUCUUCAACCAGGGAGGCGGCGGAUAUACCUUGAACAAGGCUGCGCUCAAGGCAUUGGUAGUGGAGGGACUUCCAAACUACUAUACCGGCGAUCAUACCUUUACCGAAGAUGUCAUGAUUGCCAAAGUCUUUAAAGAACUGGGCAUCUUGCCAUUUGAUACUCGGGAUGCCAGUGGAGGCGAGCGCUACAAUCCGUAUUCACCGGGAUUUCACUACGACUUUCGACUUCCACACGACAAGUAUCACAACAAAAUGUGGUACGCGGCGUACCUGUUGCAAGGCGACAACAGUUUGGUGGAGGGAGCCGCUCACUGCUCGCCUCAUAGUGUUUCCUUUCAUUACAUCAAGGUUGACCUAAUGUACAGACUGUAUGCGUUGCUCUAUGGCUUGUGCAGACAUUGAAAAGGGAUAUCGGCCAGAGUUGAAAACAACGACCUAGUCAACAAUCGACACUACUGGUACCAGGAGAGAUCCCCUGGUUCUGCUAGCUGGGGGCUGGCAUACACAGACUGUCAGUUGAUGUAUUCUACUAGUAUUCUUCUAUGUAGUACAAUGUAGCAAUGUAAUUGGUUGGCGCAGUCUUGCCAUUGCAAGUGCUCCGCCCAUGGAAGUGGGUGCGGAAGGAAUUGGCCGCGAUUGAGUGAAGCGCCUGCCUCGUUCCGCGAUAAGGACACCCCGCAAUGGAGAUAUCAAACUGGCGUUCUAGUUGCAGGUCUUUUAUGCCUGCGGGUUGCAAAACACCUUGGCGGCCACAGAGCUCGUCCCUUUCUGGGAAAGAGGGAGAGCCACUGGAUGACACAGCUUGUGCAGGUGUACGAUAGCUUGCCUGGUUCGAGACGCAGGCGGGGAGAACAGCGUUGGUCGAGCAGACAGCAGAUAAAAUAGAGAACUCAAAUCAAGCUCAGAUGCUUUGGCAACGGGCCCCUUCAAAUAGUCCGCUUCAGACUUGA